GCAAUCGUUUGUUGUGUUGUGGCGCCCAAAUCGCGCAAUUCGUUUUCUUCUACAAAUCUUCCACCGCAACCCGCAGCUUUUUAUCUUCAACUGUGGCGCUUUGUGGUUCCAAAUGAAUUGGAAAGAGUCGGAGGUGAAAAGCUGCCCCGCAACCGUGUAUUAUGUGCCCAACUUUAUCACUCCCGAAGAGGAAGCUAGCAUACUGCAAGCAGUAUCUCGGACACCGAAACCCAAAUGGACCCAUCUGACUAAUCGGCGACUGAUCAACUACGGUGGAAUUCCGCAUCCGAAAGGAAUGAUAGCGGAAAGUAUACCGGACUGGUUAGGGCGAUAUGUGGACCGCAUUAACGAGCUGGACGUGUUCGAUCAGGGCACGAAAGCGAAUCAUGUCCUGGUGAACGAGUAUCUACCGGGCCAAGGCAUUAUGCCGCAUCUAGAUGGACCACUGUUUUAUCCCACCAUCACGACCAUUUCGUGUGGAUCCCACACAUUGUUGGAAUACUUUGAGCAGAGCGACAGCGAAAGUUCAGACUCCAGCACACUGGUACGGUGGAGGAUAGCGAGUUUGCUGAUCGAACCGCGAAGUUUGUUGGUUGUAAAGGAUGAUAUGUAUCACAGAUAUCUGCAUGCGAUACAGGAACGAGAUGAGGAUGUAAUUGAAGACGGAAUAGUCAAUCUUUCGAUGUUGGGAAGCGAAGUUAAGACCGGAGACGUGCUACAUAGAGCAACGCGAGUUUCCCUAACCAUUCGUCACGUACCAAAGACGACCAAAAUGAAAAUAAAGCUAUUUUAAGAUAAU